AUGCCCUCUCCCGCCCCUUCUGUACACGACGGUGCUGCUGCUCCCGCUGCCAAGAAGUCUUUCCUGCCCAAAUUGCCCCCUGCCCGACUUCUCUUCGGUACCACCCGCCACAUCUUUUACAUUGUCUUCUUUACCCUCUGGUUGUGUAUCGACAUUGCCCUACUCGGACUUGUUUCUGAACAGAUCCACAAGCACGGCCGAGACUACAACAAUUAUCCCGAUGGCCAAUACUAUCAUGCCCUUGGCCUCCUCCUUUUCUCCACCAUCAUCGGUCUCAUCUUUGGCAUCUUCCACUUCAAGUUGGGUCUCACCAUGUACCUUCCCAUCUUCCUUGCUUUCGCUGCUUGGUUCGGUACCAGUGCUGGUAUCCUCGAGGCUACCCCCUUCGGCCACGGUCUCCAGUGCAAGCACACCUGGGAUCUUAGCAGGUUCCCUGUAAAGUACCAGCCGUUCGUGAGCGAGUGUUCUCGUAUUACUGCUAUCAGUGGUUUGGCUUGGGCUUUGUUCGCUCUUUCUGUCAUCGGUCUCUUCUGGGUCUUCCAUGACAAGUUUGCCUUGACCAGCAAGCGAAACAACACUUAUGAUGUCGCCGAGCAGGGCGAGUCUGCUCCUCUCAAGCACUAG